AGUGUAUUUUGUGGUUAUUUCUCAUAGCUUCUGUUCUGUAUUUGAGGAACUUUUACUGCCUUUUUCUAUUUGGUUGGGUGCGCUGAUUGAUUUUUGCUUCCUGUGUUCAAUUAUUCAUUUUUCUUCUUUGAAACUUGAGGGAAAAAUAAACCAGGAUGAAUCCAGUUAUAUGGGCUUUCAGAUAUUGAAGAUUCAUCAAAAUUCUGCUAUAGGCUCUUGCAAUUCCUUACAGAGGAGGGAUCCAAACUCUGCUGAACUCAACACAAAUCUCUUUCUAACUCUCAUGUUACCUUAGUGGUCAUUCUACCUUUGGCUCGAUAUGGACAACUCAAUUUCACAUCCUUACAUCUGAUUUGAAGUGACGGUGAGAGGAAGCAUAAGGUGUCUCUCAUUCAGUUUGGACUCCUUGUUUACAGAAGAGUGAUGGAGAUGCUGUUAAGCACAAAAGGGAUCACCAUAUGCCUGUUUUUCUUUGUAUUGAGUUUGGCAGCAGGUAUUGAAAUACCAUUAUCAGUUGCACAGCUUCCAACAAUCACAGAGCAAUCUCACACCCAGGUUGCCUACCCUUUUGAUGAGGACUUUACAAUUAAAUGUGAAGCUAGAGGAAACCCACAGCCCACCUUUAACUGGACCAAGGAUGGAAAACCAUUUGACUUAUUAUCUGACCCAAGGAUAGUUGCAUCUAACAACUCUGGAACAUUUGUGAUUCAAAACCGUGGAAUCAUCACCAAUUUUCAAGGGAAAUAUCGUUGCUUUGCAUCCAAUCUGCUGGGAACUGCCAUGUCAGAAGAAAUUGAGCUAAUUGUUCCAAGUGUACCAAAAUUCCCUAAAGAAAAAAUUGAGCCCCUUGAUGUGGAGCAUGGUGAUUCAGUGAUUUUACACUGCAACCCCCCAAAAGGCAUCCCACCUUUGCAUAUCUACUGGAUGAAUAUUGAUUUGCAACAUAUUCCGCAAGAUGAAAGGGUCUCCAUGAGCCUUAAGGGAGAUCUCUACUUUGCAAAUGUGGAAGAAAAUGACAGUCGAAGUGAUUAUUGUUGCUUUGCAGCAUUUCCAAGACUGAGGACAAUUGUACAGAAAAUGCCAAUGACACUGAAGGUUUCCCGUUUUAAGCAUGCUAAUGACUCAGGCUCACCUAACGCUGCGGUUUCUAAGGCAAAUUUUAUCAAGGAAAGAAAACCCAAACUGCUGAUUCCUCCUGAAUCUGCGGGCAGUAGCUCAUCAGUCACUGUCAUCAAGGGAGGUGUCCUGCUACUCGAAUGUAUUGCUGAAGGGCUCCCAACUCCUCAUCUAAGCUGGAUCAAGGUCACCGGAAACUUGCCGAAGGAUGAACCAGAAACGGAAAAUUUUGGGAAGAUAUUGAAGAUAGACCAAGUGACUGCAGCUGAUGAAGGAACGUACCAGUGCACAGCAAGCAACCACAUGGGAAGAGCGAAGCACGAGUUCCACGUUCACGUGGAAGAGCCUCCUCAGUGGAUAAAGGAGCCCGAAGGUGGUGUUUACAGUGUAGGAACAAAUCUGGUGCUGCUGUGUGAAGCUAUUGGCAACCCAGAGCCAACCAUUCAGUGGAAACUCAACGGGAUGCCCAUCGAUAGUAGGACCUUCAGAGGGAGAAUCUCUUCCAGAGAAAUCAGCCUUACCAACCUUCAGCUUCAGGACAGUGCUGUGUACCAGUGCGAGGCCAGCAACAAGCAUGGCACCAUCCUCGCUAGCGCCAACGUGAACGUCCUCAAUAUUGCUCCCUUAAUACUGACCUCAGAUGGUGAAAACUAUGCUACAGUUGUGGGUUACAGUGCCUUUCUGCACUGUGAAAUUUUUGCCUCGCCUGCAGCAGAUAUUAGAUGGACUAAGGAUGACAGCAUAGAGCCGCUUUCAACAUUACGCUAUGAAUUAAAUAAGAAUGGCACCCUAGAGAUCAAGGAAACGAGGAAAGAAGACUCAGGGUCGUAUGCUUGCUGGGCUGCGAACUCAGUUGGAAAAAGAGCAAUCACUGCUAAUCUGGAUAUAAGAGAUGCUACAAAACUUGUUGUUACUCCAAAGAAUCCCCGAGUGUUGAAAUCACAUUCAAUUUUAUUGAAAUGUCAGUCUGAGUAUGAUUCACACUUGAAACACAGUUUUAAAUUAUCCUGGAGGAAAGAUGGAGAUCAGCUGCCAGUCAACAGCACAGAAAAUGGCAGGAUAAUUCUGGACAGGGAUACACUGUUCAUAUCAAGCGUGACGCUGGAGGAUCAAGGAGUUUACAUGUGUGUGGCUAGCACUUCCCUGGACAGUGUCACAGCUGAAUCGCAGUUAAUUGUUCUGGAUGUUCCUGAUCCACCAGAAGACCUUCAGCUCUCAGAAAAUCAAAACCGAAGUGUUCGACUAGCCUGGAAAGCCGGGGCCAGUCAUAACAGCCCUAUUAAUGAGUCGAUUAUAGAGUUUGAAGAGAACCGGUGGGAGCCAGAGAGGUGGCAGGAGCUAACCCGAGUGCCGGGGAAUGACACCACAGCCCUUUUGUCACUGGCCCCAUAUAUGAAUUACCAGUUUCGUGUGGUAUCUGUGAAUGCUGUGGGAAGGAGCCAGCCCAGUAAACCAUCGCUGCGCUAUGCAACACCUCCAGCUGCUCCAGACAAGAACCCAGAAAAUAUCCGAGUUGAAGCUUCUGAACCAAAUGAAAUGGUGAUGAAAUGGGAGCCAUUGAAACCCGUGGAGAGGAAUGGGCCGGGGCUGGAGUACAAAGUCAGCUGGCGGCAGCGGGGAGUCGAGGCGGACUGGAAUGAGGAGACAGUGAAGAAGCAUUCUCUGACCCUGCGAAACACCCCCACCUUUGUGCCUUAUGAGAUCAAAGUCCAAGCAGUAAAUAAUUUAGGAUCCGGUCCUGAACCAAAUGUUACCAUCGGAUAUUCAGGAGAGGAUGUUCCAGAUGCUGCUCCUUCCGGCGUAUCGGUGGAUAUUGUGAACAGCACACUGGUCAAAGUCUACUGGUUUGGAAUACCAAGGGACAGAGUUCGUGGACAUUUGAAAGGCUAUAAGGUCAGUUGGUGGAAAACAAAAAGCAUGCUGGAUGGAAAAAGGCAUCACCAAGAGAAACAUUUCCUAACAUUUGUGGGAGACAGAAACUAUGGGAUGAUUCCUGGUCUAGAGCCCUUCAGUGAAUUCCACUUAACUGUUUCGGCUUACAAUGCCAAAGGAGAUGGCCCGGAAAGCUCCCCCGUUGUGUUUGAAACUCCAGAAGGAGUCCCCGAACAACCACGUUUCCUAAGGAUCUUGAACUUUGACAAGGACUCUGUCACGCUGUUGUGGGGACUUCCCAAGAAAGCAAACGGCCAUCUUACUGGCUACAUUUUGCAAUACCAGAUAAUAAAUGAAACGCAUGAAAUCGGACCCCUGAACGACAUCAGCGUGACCAACCGUUCCACACUCAGCUGGAGGCUUUCAGGUCUCAGCUCCAGUACCAAGUACAAAUUCUAUGUAAAGGCUUGUACAGUCAAAGGCUGUGGGAAGCCGGUCACAGAAGAAGGACUAACGAUGGCUCAAGGGAGUAAAGGGAUCGGCAAGAUCUCAGAAGCAGUAAAGCCCACCCAAAAGUUUCACCCCAUUGAGGCACUUGAGCCUGGAACUGAAUAUACAGUUCGUCUAGUGACUAAGAAUUGGGUUGAUAACAAUAGCAUUUUUGAAGAUGUAAUUGAGACAAGGGGGAGAGCCUAUGCUGGCAUUUACGAUGGAAUUUCCACGCAGGGGUGGUUUAUUGGACUGAUGUGUGCCAUCGCUUUGCUCACCCUACUGCUGCUAACUAUUUGCUUUGUCAGAAGAAAUAAAGGAGGAAAAUACUCAGUGAAAGAAAAAGAAGAUUUGCAUCCAGAUCCUGAAGCUCAAUCAAUAAAAGAUGAAAUCUUUGGGGAAUAUAGAUGUCACGUUCAGUCGGGAGAAGUCAGGCUGCUUUGGUUCUUCUUCUGUGGUGCCAUUAGGAGGAAUGACCAGUGGAAUUUCCUUUUUUUUUUUCCUGAAUUUUGGUGGUGGGUCUGUCUUUUUCACAAAAUUGCCACUGAACAUAGACUGCAUAUGAGCAGAUACAGACACUCUGAUUCUGCUUUCAUUUUAUCCUGUUCCUACCCUUUAGCAGAGAGAAACUCCAUCAGUUACAGUAAGAUAACAGCAGAACGAAUGAAAAAAGGGAAAAAGGCCCCUUUGCUAGUCAUCUAAAAUCAAACAAAUGCUCACAAAGCAGUAAGGUGUAACCUAUAGCUGAUGCCUCAUCCCACAAGUCCACAUCAGUUCACCCACCCACCUCAAAAGAAAAAGGAAAUAAAUAGGCCCUGAACAGCACCCACUGUCUUGUAAAAUGAAAAUGUCUCUUUCUGUAAGAUGCCGACGACUCAGCAUCAGCACUGAU